GCAAAUGUGAAAGUGGUGAUCUUUGUCUUAAGGCAAUGCUAGUGUGUCUGUGCCAUGGAGAACCACACCGACGCCAGUUUAAACUCCACCGACUGGAAUACAGCUUACCUGGUCAGCAGUGGCCUGAUGGGGCUUUGCUUCAUGAUUGGAGUUCCUGGUAAUAUUGCAGUAAUCCUUUACAUACUUCUUCGUUUCAAAAAGAACAAUUUCACCGUACAUCUGAUGCUUAAUCUGGCAGCUGCAGACAUCUUGUGUUUGAUAACCCUACCUGUGUGGAUCUACAGUGAGCUAGAGAACAUUGACCAAGUAACCUGCAAGUUCUUCGCGGCACUCGUCUACUGCAGCGCAUACUCAGGUGUGAUAACAGUAACUAUGCUGAGUGUGUAUCGCUGUUUACGGAUUCGACAUCCACAGUUGUGUUCCAGAAUGAGCAACAGAAGAGAAAGAGCGCUGCUGAUCAGUUGUUGGGCUCUGGCACUGCUUUUCUCUUGUCCUGGUGUACUAACACAAGAGAUCGUUCAAGGUGAAUCCAAAAUGGAGUGUGAAAGAAUCCUCAAAUCAGAAACAAGUCGUAUUGUUGCUCUACUGGAGUCACUGCUUGGAUUUUUUCUUCCUUUCACAGUCAUGUUGACUUCAUAUUAUUGCCUAUACAAAACAGCCACACAGGGAUCAUUCAGUCACAGACACAGACCAACUAAACUUGUCACACGGAUUAUCGUAGUUUUCUUCAUCUUUUGGGCUCCACACCAAAUAAUAAAAUUAGAGGAAAUUUGUGCAGCAUUCUUACAAUCGGAGCCGGUUCUAUCUUUCAUCGGUGACAUUGCUGGAUGUCUUACAUUCAUCAACAGUUGUGUGAAUCCAUUUCUCUAUGCAUUUUCCUCAAAGAGUUUACGUAAACGCAAAAGGCCAGUGGAACUUGGGGUAACUAAAAGCUCACAACAUUUAGAGAGGGAUCAUUCCAGAGCAGUGAACAGCUCACUAGAAGCCUCUUUGCCUAACAACUUGGACUAAAUGAUUGUCAUAUCAACAUAUGCAGUAGAAACUGGACAGUGAUAGAAGCACCUUCUAAAAAUGCAUUUGGAUGAAUUUCAGACUAAAUGCAUAGCACUUUUGAAAGAUAAUUAGUAGAGUUUAUUACUUUAACGUAUCUCUGAUGCACUGAGAAGUGAUCCUAGCAAAGUCGGCCCGUAAAAUUAUAUUUUAUUACACUGAUCAAUGAUCGUAAGUAUAAGCCAUAAUGAUUACAGAUGAUUCAAUGUAAAAUCUGAAAAUUUAAAAUGAAUAAUAUCCAACCUGAAUAUAUUCUGCUGAAAUUCUGAAGAAUAGACUAAAGUCUGAGUAUAGAGAUCUUCGAAGCAUGCAAUAAGAGAAAAAAGGUAAAGAAGCCAAUUUUAGGAGCAAUUUACAGUAUAGACUAGAAUUCCAUCCUCUUACAGCAUCAUGGAAUAUUAAUGUCUAAAUAAAAAAAUGUCAAAUUAAUUUCAUUAUAUAAGUGUUGUCAAAUAUUCCCCCUAUACCUAGGGUGAAUUUAGUUCUGGACUAGGUAAUCUACUACGUAGAAGUAAGAUAAAAAGAAAUGAAGACCGUUCGUAGUUUUACAUCCUUCUAGCAGAAACAAUAGCAUUUAGCAAUCUUCCUGCAAAUACCAACUCUUGGUAUUAAAAAUGUAUAAAAUAAAUGAAUAAUAAAAUAAAUUAGCAAACAUCCUUGCAUAUAAAAUAUAGAAAAUAAGUUUUAGACAUCCUGUCCAAACAUCACUUAAGCUUGACAAAAUGUACCUAUUAUAUCAAAUGAAGGAAAUAUACUACGUCAAUGGAAUUUGACUACAACUAGAAUUCUGAAUAUAAAUGCAUACUCGAGUAACUGAGCACAAGUAAGAUAAAACGGUAAUAUGAAUAUAAUGUAAUAAAAACUAUAUGAAAAAUAAAUAAUAAUGAACAUACUGUAUGAAUUAAUGUGAAAAACAAGGAAACAUAACCAUAUUGGAUAUUCUGAUACACCAAUCUCUAAUGGCAUCCAAUCACCACUGUGAUGCAAAUUGAUUAUCUUUAUGAAUUACAUUAUUACUUUAAACUGCAGUGCAUAAAUAAAAGUAAUGUUUGAUGCAUGCUAUUUUUGUUAUUCAUCAAUCAUUUUGUUACUUUUAAGUAUUAUAAAUUUAAGAUGCUUUUCAUUUGAAAACGCAUUGUUUUGUGAUUUGAUGUAUUAGUCAUAAAUCCCUUUGUUUUUAGGGACUGAAAGAGCUGUAUAGGCAUUUGCUGCUAGCAUUUCGUACUGUACAAGCUAAUGGAAGUACAGUAGCUUGCUCAGUUGUAAGCCAUGUGUGCAAUAAUGUUGAAAAAAGUACCUAUUAAUUACCUAUUAUUAGAAAGAACACUAUUUUAAAAACAGCUGAGCUGUUGUCAUGAGUACAACAGUAUCAGCUGAGUUGCUCCUUCUGUGUAUUUGUAUAUGUUGUUCCUGUUUCCAAUCAGACCACAUGUAUUUACCAGCAGACACUGAAUAAGACUGAUAUGGUUUGAGAUUAUUAAUAAAAGCCGUCACAUUCUUA